AUGGAUUCAGAUGAACUCUUAGCUACACAACUGAGUGGUGAAAAACAGGUACGGACCAUAGCUAAUGAAAAAUUUUCUGAAUUCAGACAAAUUGAACCUACAGAAGAUUCAGAGGGCAUCCAGAUUAUAACUGAAUGUGUUCCUAUUACAACGGAUUUGGAUGAUGAUAAAGGGGGAAGGUCGAAGAUAGGAGUUCUAGGCAAGCUGCUUUCUAGUCGAUCGAUUUCUGAAGUUGACCUUAAGGAAGUUUGCUCGGAUAUGGUAAUGCAGGAGAGAAUUAUAGCGACAUUACAGAAAGAUAAUGAGAUUCUACGAAACAAAUCUAAGGAUCUUUCACUGAAAAAUAUUGAGCUUAGCAAUCACAUUGCAAAUCUAGAGGCUAAGCAUAGUCUUCUAGCAAGCAGCGUAGAAAGCGAAGCUCAACUUAACAAGAAACGUGUGGAAGAUAUUCAAAAGCUUACCACUACUAUUAGUGAACUGAAACGCAAGUGUGAGGAGGCAGAAAAGUCUAAAACGGAGAUGUGGGCUCGGCUAGAUAGUAUUAAACCUGGAAAAGUUGAAGAUAAAUGCACAUUUACCGAAGCCUCCAUAACAUGUGAGACAUCUGUGACGGGAGGGGAAAUUCUCCAUGACAAUGACUCCAAGCAUGUUAGUUGGACAAAAGAGAGCACGGAUAAUAAAGAAAUAGGACUAUCUGAUCUUCGGAAAGUGAAGAAAAAGAUAAGCAAAUCCAAGGAUACACAAGCGAAUAUAAACAACCUCGAAUCACUUUCAAAAAAUAGACAAACAACUCAUAUAACCAACACAAAUCAUGGUUCCAAGAGACUGGAAGAAAAUCGCCUCAUUAAAAUGAAAGACUCUCGAAUUCGCCAACUGGAGGAUGCAUUGGUGGAAAAGGAGAGGUAUAUGGCGUCCGCUUUGCAGCGAUUGAAGGAUGAGUCUGAUAAACUUAGCUCGCAAUAUAAGGAAAAAAUCCAUCGACUUGAGCUUCAGUUGAAAGAUAAGGAGAACAGCGAAGGAGUUAGAGCAAAUAUCAUACAAAAUACACCCAAUAUAGAUCGUGAGACCGUGCUUCUCAAGGAGAGGCUGUUGAAGUGCGAGAAGCUUUUGACGGAUAACUAUCGGUUUAUUGAUCUUUUAAAUAAACAGUGGGAAAGAUGCGUGGAGGACAUGAAAAAAAGUCACUCCGAGCAACUUCAACUUAUUCAUAAAAAUCAUGAUGAUGAGUUAACUCGUCUUCAGAACUCUCACCAACUAGAGUUAGGCCGUAUUUCGAAGAUGAAAUACAUCAACGAAGAUAUCAAGUUCAUGAACCGUAAGUUGAUAAAAAUGGCUAGUAAUGAGAAGUCAGAGAAUUUUUUAUUAGCCUUUUUAGAUCGAUUGAGCUAUUUAGAAAAGCGUUGCAAGCAGAGGGAGGAGGAUGUAGCUUUCGAAAUUGCUGAAUCUAAGCGCGUUGCUGAAGUUGAGCGGCGUCUACUGGCGGAACGGAUGUCGUUAAUUAUAGAGCAAAAAAAUCAGCAAAUAAAACAUUUCCAAAUUGAAUUAGAUGAACUUCUUGCCCACAUAAGAUCAUUGUCUGAUCCCGGGAACCUGUUUAGUGCACGAAUAUAUUAUUAA